CGUUUGAUAGAAUCGGUUGAGUUGACAUUUGGAUCAAUUCUUCAAAAUCUGUGCGUGAUUAUAAAAGUCACGAUUUUAGUUUUAGAUUAGUUAAUUAUAUGAUAUAAAUACAAAAUGUCGUUAUUCGGCGAUAUUAUACCGAAAAAUGAAGAAAAAACGAACAAUCAGGCGAGCGCGAGCCUGUCUCCCUACCUAAACUUCGACCCUCAUAUAAUACCGAAAAUGCAGCCAGAAUUCCUAUAUCCUGAUGACAGACAUAUGGCAUCUACUGCUAGAAGGUCCAAUGUUGCUCUUCCUAUCAUUGGAAUGUCUUUCAUGAGCGGUUCAGGAAUUGGUGGAGUUACAGGGUUAUACAAGGGUCUUCGUGCUACCACUCUGGCUGGACAGGUUGGAAAAGUGAGAAGAACUCAAGUCAUCAAUUAUGUCAUGAAACAAGGCACAACUACUGGCUGCACUCUAGGCAUUAUCGCAUCGUUCUACUCUUGCAUUGCCCUCGGAGUGACCUGGAUUCGUGACAAAGAAGACACCGCAAAUACAUUCAUAGCUGCCGCAACCACAGGGAUGAUCUACAAGAGCACCGCAGGUCUCCGUUCCAUGGGCCUUGGAGCAGCAGUUGGCCUAACCCUCGCAGGAGUCUAUACACUAGUGACAGACAAUGAUAACAUAUGGAGCAAGGCCAGAUACAACCGAUUGUGAUUCCAUUUCCGCCUAUUAGAAGUUAUGUAAAUAAACUGUUAUUUUAUUUUAGCACCAAAGAUGCCAAUAUGGACUUACUCGUGCUAUGUCCAGUGUUGGAAAGGUGAUGUCAACCUGUGGACCGUGAUCCCCGUGUCAGCAGGUCGUGUGCCAUCGAUGUGGCAGCAAAAAUGUGUUAAUUAAAAGAUUCUGUUUGAAAAA